UGAAAGGACGGAGAGAUUCAAUUUCAAAGUGACUUGUGUGCUUCUCUGUGCUACGCUUCGCCUCUUCGCCAUGGCCGCCGGAGGAGUCGGCGGCGAUAGGAGAGUCACCAGAAACGCCGCCGUGAACGCCGCCGCUACCAAAAGCAAGGCCAAGAAGUCCGACCGGCAGAGCCACCUGAACCAGCAACUGGUAACUCUCAUCGAAACCACCAUCUCUUCCGCUCACUCAUUUCUCUCUCACAACGAUCUCCACCUUCUUCCCUCUCAAACCCUCGCCCUUGAAUCGCUCAUCUCUUCUACAUCAUCCUCUCUCCAAGCCCUCGCUCCUCGCCUCCCCAAACUUGCCCUACAUCCGCCGCCGCGGCCGCCUCCGCGGCUACCUCCGCCUCCACCGCCGCGGCAAUGCUGGUUCCAGCGCUUCCUCUCUGCGACGUCGGAGGUGGACUGUGAUCCUAGGUGGAAUUUCUCCUUCCGCAUGUCGAAAUCGUCGUUCUCACUCCUCCUUCGUCUCCUCUCCCCGAUUGAAAGCUCCUCGUCUCCUUCCGUUGCCCCCGACUGUGCUUUAGCCGCUGCGCUUUUUCGAUUGGCGCAUGGCGCGAGCUACAAGGCGGUUGGAAGACGGUUUGGGAUCGAUUCUGCCGACGCUUGCCGCUCGUUUUAUGCAGUUUGUAAGGCUAUCAAUGAGAAAUUGGGGCAUUUGCUUGAGCUCCGGUCCGACAUUGAUCGGAUUGUGGUGGGAUUUGGGUGGAUUUCGCUUCCCAAUUGCUGUGGGGUUUUAGGGCUUAGAAGAUUUGGGAUAGCCGGCGAGAUGCUAGGCAAAAACGGGUCGCUUCUGGUUCAGGCACUGGUGGACGCCGAAGGGAGGUUUCUGGAUGUCUCCGCCGGGUGGCCGAGCACGGUAAUACCUGAAACAAUCUUGCGGCAGAGCAAGCUAUAUGCAGAAAUUGAGAAAUCUGGUGAAUUACUCAAAGGCCCUGUCUAUAAUCUCGACGAUGAAAAGCCCAUUCCCCAAUACCUGAUUGGCGAUUCUUGCUUCCCCCUUUUGCCAUGGCUAUUGACGCCAUACGUGAAACUGAAGGAAGAAGAAAGCUCUGGUUUCCCGGAGCGAGCAUUCAAUUCCACGCAUAACCGUGCUAUGGGGUUAGUUAACACUGCAUUUUGCAGACUCCAAGCUCGGUGGAAGCUUCUGUCAAAACCAUGGAAGGAAGGAUGUAGAGACUUUUUCCCAUUUAUUGUUUUGACCGGGUGUUUGCUGCAUAAUUUCCUCAUCAAGUGCAGUGAGAAACUAGAAGGAGAAGAUCGAGAAGGAGAAGAAGAAGCAAAUUGUUUAAGUGAGGAGCAGAAGUUUCCUCUUUAUGAUGGCGAGAUAGGAGACGAUAGAGGAAAGGAUAUCAGAGACGCGCUUGCCGUGCAUUUGAGUAGGCUGAGCUUCAGAAGAUGAUUGCUCUGAAUUCUUGCUACUGCAGGGGUUGAUAGAUGAAAAAAUCCCCCUUUUGAAUAUAGUCUAUUACUCGGGUGAGUUUUUGGUAUAGCUUCUGAAAAGUAUUUUUUAGUAAGCAUUUUUAGAAAAACACGAGUUUGGCCACAUGACUAAAAGUGCUUUUAGAAAUUCUAAAGUCAAAACACUCUAAAGCACUUUAAAAUAUCAAAAAGAAGAAAAAAAAUACAUUCAUUUCAAACUCACCCUUUACUUUAUUUAAAAGCACUUGUCUUUUUGAGCUUUUCAAAACCUCUUUUGGCCGAGGCCUAAGGUAACUAAACAUGAUGAAAACUUCUAAAAGUAUUUUUAAAUAACUAAAACAUUUUUAACCAUUCUAAAAGUCAUGACAAAUCCACUCAAGAAUUCCUAUAGCUAGUUCUUCAGAAUGUGUAAGGCUUUUGCAACUUCAGCAUUCGUGUAGCUAGUUCUUCUAGCUAACAACUUUUCUUCUAUAUGAAAUCACAGUUUGAUUUACCUUUUAUUUUAUGUGCUCAAAACCUGAGGUCAUGGACACAGUGCCAUGUUGAACUCUGAGAAACAAUUACAAGUGAAUUAUUAUGGGACAUAAUUUGAUUUCAGUUCUAUUCAGUGGCAGCUUUCACCAGGUUUAUAGAUGAAAUGAAACUCUCACUGUUUACUUAACUAAAGGGCACCAAAUCUAGRGACUAACUAUGCUCUAUAUACCUUCUUAGCUUUUAACUGUCAUCUCAUCUUCUUUGCUUCUCCCAAUCUGAAUGAACUUCUUGGAAUCUGAAUUACUGUCUUAUUACAUGAGAGGAAAAAUAAGUUCAUAUUCACAUGUACUUCUUCUAUCUUGAGGACAACCAAUUAUUGUAGGACAUUUUUACAGGUAAGGGGAUUGGGAUAUUUUUGCAGAUUUAAAGUGGUAUUGGGGGAAAAAGAAUUUAAAAGUGAGUCCUUUUCAAACGAACUAGAGUUUUAGGAUAAAUUAUCUCU